UUCUAGUUGUCCCGCCCUGUACCCCAAGGAACUAGUCGGUCUCGUGUGCUGAGUGGUACAAGCCGGCUAGCAUGGAGCUUUGCUGCAAAAAUUGUUCAUAAUAAUUCAGCAACAACUGAAAUAAGAUAGCGAUAUCGGGUAAUCAGGGACUUGGUGGCUAACAACCACAGGCGCCAAAGUGGGAAAACGGCGGUGGUUUUGGUGCUUGGCUGUGGGGAAGUUCUCUCCUGACCAAAUCCAGUGCCGCUCACACAGAACAUGGCGGAGCACCAUUCCAUCUCAGAGUGCAAGCACAAAGCGUCUUCGAAUGCCGGGGGCUCGCACUCUGGCAAUGGUCGACCGAAUUCCGUGGCUGGAGGUGGUGUCGGAGGCCUCUCUGGUGGACUGACGCAGCCGGCAGGAUGGCAGUCCUUGUUGUCCUUUACCAUACUCUUCCUGGCCUGGUUGGCAGGAUUCAGUUCAAGGCUCUUUGCAGUAAUACGCUUCGAGAGCAUCAUCCACGAGUUUGACCCUUGGUUUAACUACAGAUCCACACAUCACCUCACCUCCAACGGCUUCUAUGAGUUCCUCAACUGGUUUGACGAGCGGGCCUGGUACCCACUAGGCAGAAUAGUUGGGGGCACGGUGUACCCAGGUCUGAUGGUGACGGCGGGUCUCAUCCACUACGUGCUGAACCUGCUGCACGUGACGGUGCACAUCCGUGACGUGUGCGUGUUCCUGGCGCCCAUCUUCAGCGGCCUGACGUCCAUCUCCACCUUCCUGCUGACGCGUGAGCUAUGGAACCAGGGCGCGGGGCUCCUCGCCGCCUGCUUCAUCGCCAUCGUGCCCGGCUACAUCUCCCGCUCGGUGGCAGGCUCGUUCGACAACGAGGGCAUCGCCAUCUUUGCCCUGCAGUUCACCUACUACCUUUGGGUAAAGUCUGUGAAGACCGGCUCUGUGUUCUGGACCAUAGGCUGCUGUCUGUCCUACUUCUACAUGGUGUCGGCAUGGGGAGGCUAUGUGUUCAUCAUUAACCUCAUCCCCCUGCAUGUGUUUGUUCUGCUGCUCAUGCAGCGAUACAGCAGACGGCUCUACAUCGCCUACAGCACAUUCUACAUCGUGGGCCUGGUGCUGUCCAUGCAGAUCCCCUUUGUGGGCUUCCAGCCAAUCAGGACGAGUGAGCACAUGGCUGCAGCAGGUGUGUUUGCAUUGCUACAGGCCUAUGCCUUCCUGCAGUACCUGAAAGACCGUCUGACCCGGCAGGAGUUCCAGACCCUCUUCUUCCUGGGGGUGUCACUGGCCGCUGGGGCGGUCUUCCUCACGGUCAUCUACCUGACCUAUACAGGUUACAUCGCCCCCUGGAGUGGAAGAUUCUACUCACUCUGGGACACCGGGUACGCCAAAAUCCACAUCCCCAUCAUCGCCUCCGUGUCGGAGCACCAGCCCACCACCUGGGUGUCAUUCUUCUUCGACCUGCACAUCCUGGUGUGCACCUUCCCCGCAGGCCUGUGGUUCUGCAUCAAGAACAUCAACGACGAGCGCGUCUUCGUGGCUCUGUACGCCAUCAGCGCGGUGUACUUUGCGGGGGUGAUGGUGCGCCUGAUGCUCACGCUCACGCCGGUGGUGUGCAUGCUGUCGGCCAUCGCCUUCUCCAGCGUCUUCGAGCACUACCUGGGCGACGACACCAAGCGCGAGAGUCCACCCGCCGAGGACAGCAGCGACGAGGACGACAGGAAGAGCUCGGGAAACCUCUACGACAAGGCUGGGAAGGUGCGCAAGCAUGUUUCUGAGCAGGAGAAGGCCGAGGAGGGCCUGGGGCCCAACAUCAAGAGCAUCGUGACCAUGCUGAUGCUGAUGCUGCUCAUGAUGUUCGCCGUCCACUGCACCUGGGUCACCAGCAAUGCCUACUCCAGCCCCAGCGUGGUGCUGGCCUCCUACAACCAUGACGGAUCUCGGAACAUUCUGGAUGACUUCAGGGAGGCCUACUACUGGCUCCGGCAGAACACAGACGAGCACGCCAGAGUGAUGUCCUGGUGGGAUUACGGCUACCAAAUCGCCGGCAUGGCCAAUCGAACAACGUUAGUGGACAACAACACGUGGAACAACAGCCAUAUAGCACUGGUUGGUAAGGCCAUGUCGUCUAAUGAGAGCGCAGCGUACGAGAUCAUGAAGUCGUUGGACGUGGAUUACGUCCUCAUCAUUUUUGGCGGUGUGAUUGGCUACUCUGGCGACGACAUCAACAAGUUCCUGUGGAUGGUGCGCAUCGCUGAGGGAGAACACCCCAAGGACAUCCGGGAGAGCGACUACUUCACGCCGCAGGGAGAGUUCCGUGUGGACAAGGCCGGAUCCCCCACGCUGCUCAACUGCCUCAUGUAUAAGAUGUCCUACUAUCGCUUUGGAGAGAUGCAGCUGGACUUCCGCACGCCACCAGGCUUUGAUCGCACGCGGAAUGCCGAGAUCGGCAACAAGGACAUCCAUCUGAAGCACCUGGAGGAGGCUUUCACCUCGGAGCACUGGCUGGUGCGCAUCUACCGCGUCAAGAAGCCUGAGAACCGGCAGGGCUUGGACCACAAGCCCCGCAACCUUAGCCAGAAACAGAAGUACAUCUCCAAAAAGACAUCUAAGAAGAAGAGGGGUUACGUGAAGAACAAACUUGUGAUGAAAAGAGGCAAGCGGGCAAACAGGAAGUCAGUUUAACUGACACCAGAAGGGACAGAAAAAGACGCAAAUCUCAAAGGACAACUUAAAAAAAAAAAAAAAAGAGACAAUGAAAAUGCAGAAAGCUAAGUAAUCCACCAAUAAUGACGAGAAAAAGACGAGAAGCCGGUUGUCGGGGGAGUUGCCAAGAGGAAGUGUGCAGCGCUAGGCUGCAGUGCUGGGUUGUUAUGACAACAUGGAGCUCUGCGACCUGAAUGCCUCUGUUAUUUUUGUUUGUUUUUGGGUAUUGUUUAUUUUUUCUUGUUGGGGGGGGGGGGGGGGGGAUUGUUUGAAGAGGGUGGGUUUGGGAUGGGGGAUGAGGGAGACAGAGAGAGGAGCAAAGCUAAUCCAGAGUGAGUCUGCAGCCCAUUCUUUUGUUUUAAUUGUGACCACCACCACCGUCUUCAUCGUCGUCGUCGUCAUCAUCAUCAUCAUUAUCUUCUCCACUCGUCUUCUGUUCUGUUCUUGUGUAGUGUGUCCCUGUUCUGAGUCUGCUUUUUGUACUUGAAUGUUUUGGUAGUACAGGGCAUGUGGUCUUCUCAUAACCCCCUCCCACCUCCACCACCAUACCAUCUCAGCACGUUAUCCCACUGAUAUGAAACACAGUCGUUUUAGAUGACAAUGCCAUGUUCGAUGAAAACCCCAGUCGUGUGGCGCCUAGAGAUUGUGGCACCAAAGACAGUUUGUUGCUCAGGGCGAGAGUGAUUGUGGGGUGAGGGUUUGGGGGGGGGGGAUUUAGUUUAGAACCAGGAAAGAGAAAAGGGGCUCUGGAAAGGGGAGUGACAUGUCGAUCGGUCACUCUUGAAUGCUCAUUCUUGAAUUGUGUGCACGCCCGCCUUAUAAUAAAAAUAAAACAAACCAAUUAUAAUGGGAUUUCUAGAUUAAAUAUUCUUGGGCAGUUCGUGGGUAAUUUUUUUUAAUCUAUUUGUUUUUUGUGUCAUUUUGUUCCUUCCUACUAGUGUUUUUUUUUUCUUUUUUUACUGAUUGUAAAAAAUUUAAAGAAAGAGUUGCAAUAAUAUCUAAAAGACUCGGGGAGGGGGAAACGUGGGAAAUGAAGUACUAGAAUUGUUUUGGUUCAAUGUAAAUAAUAAAAGCUUCCCAUUCCGAUGUCCUGCUGCUAGGCUUCAAUCAGUUUAUUUGCAUUCGGUAGCAUCCAGUGUGUUCGUGUCUAUGAAUAGUGCCCCGAGUGCAGCCCAACAUCGUAAAGCACUCAUCCACACGCUGUGUAGCUGCUCUGCUUGUAGCACACUCUGCUCAGGCCAGAGUGGGGACUCCAGGUUGCUGUCGGCUGGAAGUAGUGGUUGUGUGCCCUGUGGAUUCACCUGAUGUGCAUCGGCUAUGGAGAAAUUUGAAGUUGGAAAGCAGCUGUUGAAUUGUUCCUUUUUUUUUUUUUUUUACUUCAUUUUGGUCCCUCUUUCAUCGACUCCCUCCGAAGAGAGAAAUUAUUCACACAUUGCUACAUGAGAUCAUUUUUACAUCUUUUUAGGUGUUUGUUUUGUUUGUUUGUUUUUUUUUUUUUUCACUUUUUUUUCCACACACACAGUUCCAGGGGCUGCCUUUGCUCUGGUUGUCACAGUGAAAUUGAUCUUAAUUGUUUACUUCUCACAAGUUCUAUGUUCUUUUUUCCUUGUGUCCUCUGCUUCUUACUCUGCUCUCAUUACUGCUUUGGCUUGAUGUUUGUAGUAUGAGGUUGCAGUGACAGAGGGACAGUAUAACAGUCAUUCGGUUACUGCAGUGGAAGGACGACACUGGCCUUGGAAGCCGACUACGGAACAUCAAUAUUGAAAUCUCUUAAAGACGACGAAGAAAAAAACACGGAAACUCCAAGGACUCAGAGACACUCUCUAGGGUAUUUAUUUACACAAUGCGGAAGCUAACAGAAGAUAGCCUUCCACCACGAAAUGCAAAAAUUGUAUUUUUGUUUUUCUAAGUCAAGGUUUAUUCCUUCAAUUGUAAAAAAAAAAAAGAAAGAUGGAUGCUGUCUGAGAAUGAAAUGAUGCCUUUGUGAUUAAAGGAGUAAAUGAA